AUGAAGUUCAGCGUCGCCAUCCUCUUCGCCGCCGUGGCCUCGGCCGGCACCAUCAAUCGCCGCGGCGUCGCGACCGACACCGUAAACGACAUAUACAACAAUGUUUACUUGUUGAGGAAGGGAAUCGACAAGGGCGCUCCCACGCAGGCCUCGGUCGACAAGUUCUUCAAGGACUUCUUCGCCCGCAUGGCCGUCGACUCGAAAACGCUACAGGGGUUGCCGUCUGCCGAAAGGGACGAGGCAAGUCUUGUCCAGCUUGCCCACGACUACCCGGCCAUCGGCACCACGAUUCAGCUCGCCGUCGAGGGUAACAAGGCCUUGCAAUGCUACAUGGUGCAGGAUUUGCUCGUCCACACCAGAGCCGUGUUCUCCAAUCUCGCCGCAUUCAUCCAUGACAGCGUGGCCAAGGUUCACCACGAAGCCAUCACGUCGCAGGCUGCCGACCUCGACGAGAUCCUGAGCGAUGCUCUGAACGGCUGUGCCAGCUCCAGCCGCUCGACCAUCAGGCCCAUCCAGGCGUAG